AUGACCCCCUCGUCUCACAGGAGAGCACAGAACGUGGCAAACGCUCAAAAGAUGCGUCUUCUUUUUAUAACACAGGAUGAAAAUAUACCAGAGUACCUUCUGAGUGAUUCUCAGGCGGCUCAUAUAAUUCAUGACAACUAUAAUGUGGUGAAGAAGAUGCGCGAUAGCCCUGAGUAUUACAGUCUUCAAAGAGUAUGGCCUGGUAUAAGUGGGUGCACUUUUGCAGUGGUUAACCCUGAGGGUAUAUACUGGCAUUCGGAAUUUUCUGAUGAGAAGGCGUGUCUCGAAUUCCUACUGUCUCCCAAAGAAUUCGGAAUCUGGCAUGCGUCUGCGGACGUGUAUCAGCAUAUCAUAUCUCAAUCUUCAGAAGGCACAGCUCUGAGUGAGGUUUGUGAUUUCUUACCUGGAAUACAGAGUGAGACAUCUGGAACGCGAGACGACUCAACCCGUGGCUCUAGAUCUGACCAUAAAGAAAAAUGCGUUCUUUCUGUACGACUCAUGGAAGGAGGCAGUGCAAAGGCUCAAUUCAAUGCAACCGACUGUCUCAAGGAUGUCAAAAGAUGGCUUCAGCAGGAACUCAAUCUUCUGUUGAUUCCCGAAGAGGACAUUACUGUCUCGAGGUAUACAAAUAUUGGUCACUUUGAGCCGUCCAGGUAUGCAUUCUUUUAUCCAGCCACGAGGAAAACAUUUUCCGAGGCCCAAGAGUUUGUAAAACUUGAGGAUCUUGGGUUGUGCCCACGCCUGGCGUUGAUUUUACGACCUGAUUAUGAUGAAAAUGCAAUGAAGGCGGCGCGGGAAGCAGAAAAUAACACUUUCAAAAAUUUGAUUAGCAACACAAGUCAUAUUUUACAGGCAUUGUACUCAUUUUUUGAAUACAAAGUCGAUGAUGCUACAAAUUUCUCGCAAGAAGAAGUGGAACUUCCAGCAGACGAAAACCUCAAGCCCCCUCACUUUUUGGCAGCAACUGGACCGACACCAUCUGCGUCGCCUAUCAACGUCUAUGGGAGCAAGAAUGAAGUCACAAAUGGCUCGGAUGAUUUCCUCGGCCAUGCAGCAUCUUCGCAGGCGAAUGGUGAAAACAUCAUGAAUGUUGCAAGAGAGGAGUAUUAA